AUGCCUGACUUUAAGCCGAACAAGGAUCACCACUACAUCCGCCUGGAAGACGAGUGGAAAGAAGCGCUGACACUGAAUUUCGAAAUCGAGCUUGGACAGGCUUCAAGAUUUCGCUUCUGCCGGCCCCAAGGCGUGUGUCAAGAUUUGGAGCCGCGGCAACACUCUGACCAGGUCACUCUGAGUGCGAACAUCGACCCCGCAUCGUUUGGCACGUGCAGCCUAACCCUGUUUGGGAUACGUUCGCGCUUGUAUCACUUCACCGUGCUGGCCUUGACCGACUUAAAAGCAGAGCUGCAGCCUUUGCAGAAGGCGCAUUUUCCGGAGUACCAGGUCCAGCGGCGUGGGUAUCACACAUACUGCAUCAGGUCGGCGAACAUGACGGAGCUCGGGUUACAGGUUGCGGUCGUCUUCGACAGUAGUUUCAUGAGAAUAGAGUCCAAAGCGCAGUCAUGCAAUCCGAAAUCCGGGGAGUGCAGAACUGAAGCAGUUGAGUAUUUGCCGGCCCAUGGCAUAAGCACACGCAUGGACCUGUCGGUCUCAUCCAAUCUCACCUUACUGGUGAAGUUGCUGCCGGAACAGUCCACGGUCCGGGAGAGCCUGACUACCAUCUACAGUGUAAGCGUGUCAGUCGUCAACAUCGCAGAGGAAUUGGAAAAGCUCGGGAUGGAAAUUUCAAAGCUCCAAGCUCAAACAGACAGUAUGCAGGACUUUGAUGCAACGGCGUCCAACGAAGAUAGCAAGCGGCUGGAGGCAAUCAUUGAGCAAAGAGAUGCCAUACUUCGGCAGACAUACGAUGAGAAGGAGUUUAGUGAGACGGAGUAUUCAACAAGGCUGACCCUCCUGGCAGUUGGACUGACCGGCACCGGCAAGUCGGAGCUUUGUCGGUGGAUGACGGGCAACAUGGAUAAAUGUACGCCCAGCAGCAGCACCACUUCCAACACAAGCGAAGUGAUGCGUGUGCCAAGUCGGCCGUUUGCUGAUCCAAAGAUGUCCCCACAGAUGGAGUGGAUCGACACACCUGGCCGUGGAGACACCAGGGGCGAUGCCAAAGAUGCAGAGCUUUGGAACAACACAAUGCAAAAUCUCUUGGAUCAGGGCGAAGCUGAAAUCGACAAGGUAGUUUGGGUGAUGAAUGCAGCAUGGCAACGUGGGACUGCAUCCAGAGACAAGAUGUUGCAGGAGCUCCGGCGGUCGUUUGGCAUCGAGCUGUAUCAGCAUUUGAGCAUAGUGCUGAAUUUCCUUCCACACUCCGCGAACAAGAGUCAAUAUGCUGAAGAACUCCUGUCCCAGAAAGAGAAGUAUGCCACUUGGAUUAUGUCCGUUGAAGAUGAGAUGUUCAACUGGAGUGCAGAGCGCCGCCUCGGCGUCGAGAGGCAAGUCAGAGGUCUUGAUGUUUACGGUGUCAGUACCCAUCCAAAAUAUUAUAAGCAGAAGCCAAAGGGUUUGCCGCUGUCCGCGCCCUACCUCAGCAAGUUCCCUCCCUUCUCGCAUCCGGCUGGGGUGGAACAACUCUUCAGGCUUUUCAAUGCCACCCGCGCGCAGAAGAAGCAGGGAGUUCGCGGCUUGCUCGUGGACAAUCCUCACCCGCGGAUCGGCCCUGGUAUCCUACAACCGUCUUUUGAAUCUUCGUGCGACUUGUGCGGCUUCUACGAGCAGGCUGAUCAGGUGCUUGUGCAAGGGGUCGUUGGGAAAAGGCUGGGCUUGAGAGGAACUGAGCUGUCCAUGGAUGAUGCCGCCGUCGCUGUACCCGGCUGGGCAGAGUGUGGAGAUCCAGAUGCAAAAGGAUGGCCAGCAUCCUGGCAAAAGCACAUCUCCAGGCCUCAGAACUUGUCUUCGAACUUUGCCGCUGCGCACGUGGACCUGCUACUGCCCCACGAUACCACAGUGGAUGCUGCAGCUUCCUUGCACAAGCUUUGCUUCUGCGAGGCGCCGAAGUGCAACCUGCCCUGGCGAUUUGGACAAGGUGGCAUGCAGAUCCCUGCCCUUGGUGACUGCCCAUCGCCGUUCCUUGAGAUUAGGCCCGCUGACUUUGGUAUCGAGGAGAAUGGACAAAACAGACAUAGUCUUGUGCGGGUUGGAUCCAGGCUGAUAAGAAGUGGCCCCUCCUUACGCGAGCGGGACAACGAACUCCUAGUUCUCGAUACAAACUCGAAUCAGAUGUGGGGCCUCAAGAUCGCAGGAGUCAAACUGGGCCGCAGACAGUCAAAGCACUCACAGACGGCAGCGGUGCUCGGUGACACCGUCUACAUGUUGGAUUCUGCGGCGGCGCAGGUAUUGGUAAUUGAUAUGAAGUCGAACACCACUCGAAGCAUUCGCAACAGCACAAUGUUUCCGGCAGAUGUGUACGAAUGCAUCGUCGCACACGGUCAGGACUUGUACCUCUUGGGAGCCGGGGAUCAAGUACUCAGCAUGAACGUCGUCACAGCGUCGUUUGCCGUGCAUCCGCUUCCGCAAGAACGGCCGUUCAGCGAGAAAGCUGGCAGUUGGGGCAAAUGGGAUCAAGCCAUUGUCGUUCAAAACAAGAUCUUUGCGAUUCGGAGAACUAACAGGGCUUCGUUCAUUUUGGUCAUGCGCCUGCACAACUCAACCUUCAAUGACAUUGACGUCGGCGAGUGCCUGGGGAAAUCUCCCUGCAAGUUUGGAGUGGCUGCCUUGGAUGGGCGGGUAUAUGUGGGCCCAGCCUACUCAGAGGAGAUCCUUGUUGUCGAUGCCGACUCCGAAAGCAAGAUAGCUUCGAUCACCGUCAGGGGCUUCGGCGAUCCGAGCCUUUGGAGAUGGGCAGGUGCAUCCGUUUUGGGCAGAAAGAUUGUUUUCGCUCCGCUCUGCUCCGACUGCAUCUUGAUGCUGGAUGUGGAUAAGCACGAAACGCAGUGCCUUCGAAUUCCCAUGAUCAUACCUUCGAGAUGGUCCUUCAGAUAUGCAGAUGCUGUUGGCAGCAGUCUAUACCUUCACCCAUUUGAUGAACCUUUUUUUCUGCGCGUUGACCUAGAAGUUCGCUCAACAUGUUCUGUCUGA